CGUUUCAGGGAAUCUGCCCCUUUCCCGUUGCUGUACUCAGGUUUGCCAUCCCGGCUCCGCCUCCCCUUCUCGGCGAUCUCUCUUCGCAGCCCAGUCUCGGAAGGUGCCUUGAGGGUGGAAGGAAAAAAGGCAUCUACUCGAGGAGAAGAGGAAGAACCUGGAGGAGGUCUAUUCCCCUGCUACCUCCGGACGGAGGGAAAGAGAUUAAUUCAGGGCCGCCGGCCUGACACUAAACUUUUAUUGCAGUGUCUCCAGCCCGCCCCACUCUCGUUCUUGGACCCAGAAAGACUGCAGCGCGCAGAGCGAAGGUCCUUCGCAGGUUGGCCACGCAGGAGGACCGGGGGUGGAAAAGACGCCAUCUCUUGCCUGGGGCAGACACUUGGCAGGCGGCGGCGACACCUCCAAGACUGCGCGGCCCUCCGGGGUCUCGCUCCCCAUCGCUGCUCGAGAGAUUCUCCCGGGUUAAUUCGCUUCUGGGCUGAAUUGUAAUUUGUUUCUUUUUUUCCCCCCUCUCGCGCUCUCUCCUUUCCUACUACCUCGGCCGGAGGAGACUCACUUUUACUUCGGCUUGAUGUGCUGCCACGAGGCGGCCGACAUGAGCUGACUUUAAAGGGCUUCGCCUUUAAUAAGGAUUGCGCGGCGGGACCCCAAAGAUGAUUAAAUCCCCCAUUGGGUGAGCCCAUUUUUGCCCUCUGCUCCCUUCCCUUGUUCUCUUCCCCCCUUCCCGGAGAAGCCCCUUUCUUCCCACUUCGGGGGCCUCCCCCCACCUCCCCCCACCCGGGAACUGAUGACAGGCCCACCCGUCUUCUUCGUUUCUGGACGCCUUAAUAACUCUAAAAGGCCGGACGACCUCGGCCUCCAAAUUCUCUCUCAAAGACUGGUUGCUGUGUGGGAAACUGGCGAUUGAAGCGGGAGGAGAGAAGCCCGCCUCCCUCCCGCGCCGGAGCCUGGGAGCGCCCUGUUGGCGGCCGUUUCUCGUCGCCCGGAGUCCAGCUUUUGCGUCUCCUUCCUCUCUCGCCUUUCUUGGCCGGUUAUGCAGACUCCCGGUGGCUGCUGCGGCGGCGACCGCUACUAGCCCCCGAAGCUGGCUGCUCUGGAACCGAGCGGUGGAAAUGGUCGCUCCUUGCCAAACGGCGGGGCGAGAGCGAGUGCAGAGGGGGACGUCGAGCUUCUGGGUUGAGUGUGUGCCGCGCGCGUGGGCUCCCGGGCUGCUCGGCUCUCCACCGUGGAAGCCCUCCCGUCUCUAGAUGGAAUUAGUGGAGAGCGCAGCCCCUUGUGUAAGGAACAGACAUGAUCCAUGGACGCAGCUUGUUUCACAUUGUAGCAAGUUUUACCAUCCUACACUGGGCUGGGGCAACAAAAAAAGGAGCAGAAAAGCAAAGCAGUUCAGAAGGACAAAAGACAGUUCAGUGUGGAGUGUGGACAAAAUACGCAGAAGGAGGUAUUUUCACUUCCCCGAAUUAUCCCAACAAAUAUCCUCCUGACAGAGAAUGUGUCUAUAUUAUAGAAGCUGCCCCAAGACAAUGUAUUGAGUUGCACUUUGAUGAGAAAUAUUCCAUAGAGCCUUCUUGGGAGUGUAAAUUUGAUCAUAUUGAAGUGCGAGAUGGACCUUUUGGAUUUUCUCCAAUAAUUGGUCGUUUCUGUGGACAGCAAAAUCCACCUAAAAUAAAAUCCAGUGGCAGAUUCUUGUGGAUUAAAUUUUUUGCUGAUGGCGAACUUGAAUCUGUAGGAUUUUCUGCACAGUACAAUUUUACACGUGAUCCCGAAUUCAAGGAUCUCGGGGUUUUGAAACCAUUGCCAGUUUGUGAGUUUCAAAUGGGAGGAUCUGAAGGAAUUGUGGAAUCGGUGCAGAUUGGAAAAGAAGGAAAAGCUUCUGAUUCUGAGGCUGUUGAUUGUAAAUGGUACAUCCGAGCACCACCACGAUCCAAGAUAUAUUUACGAUUCUUGGACUAUGAAAUGCAGAAUUCUAAUGAAUGCAAAAGGAACUUUGUGGCUGUCUAUGAUGGAAGUAGCUCAGUGGAAGAUUUAAAAGCAAAGUUUUGCAGUACUGUUGCUAAUGAUGUGAUGCUGCGUACAGGUCUUGGAGUAAUCCGUAUGUGGGCAGAUGAAGGCAGUCGAAAUAGCCGAUUCCAGAUGCUCUUCACAUCUUUCCAAGAACCCCCCUGUGAAGCCAACACAUUUUUUUGCCAUAGUAAUAUGUGUAUUAAUAAUACAUUAGUCUGCAAUGGACUCCAGAACUGUGUAUAUCCAUGGGAUGAAAAUCACUGCAAAGAAAAGACAAAAGCCAGCCUGUGGGACCAGCUUACAAAUACCAGUGGGACAAUCAUUGGGGUGACUUCUUGCAUUGUGAUCCUCCUUAUCAUUAUCUCUGUUAUAGUCCAGAUCAAACAGCCGCGUAAAAGAUUUGUCCAGAAGAAAGCAGACUUUGAUCAAACAGUGUUCCAAGAGGUCUUUGAGCCUCCUCAUUAUGAGUUAUGUACUCUCAGAGGGACAGGAACCUCCGUGGACCUUGCAGAUAUUGCAGAUGACUUUGAAAAUUAUCAUAAACUCCGUAGAUCAUCUUCAAAAUGCAUUCAUGACCACCACUGUGGAUCACAAUUAUCUAGCACUAAGGGCAGCCAUAGUAAUCUUAGCACAAGAGAUACGCCAAUCUUGACAGAAAUUCAACCCCAGCCUGCAAAGCCCCUUAUCCAGCCUAUGAACAGAAGAAACAUCCUUGUCAUGAAGCAUAGCUACUCACAGGAAGCUGCAGAUGUGUGUGAGAUAGAUGAAAUUGAAGAGGUACCAACUACGAGCCACAGGCUGUCCAGGCAUGAUAAAGCUGUUCAGCGGUUCUGCCUCAUUGGAUCUCUAAACAAACAUGAAUCUGAGUACAACACAACGAGGGUGUAACAGACAACUGAAGAUUGCUUCAGAAUAGUGCAUCCGGGGUGAUUUUGAAUAUACAACAGUGACUUACGAAAAUAUCAGCUCUGGAACUACAAGCUAGAAAUAUUCUGGACUCCAAUGAACUACUAUGAUUUUGGGGUGGGGGUGAGGGAAUCAUCAGUCAAUAAUAAGCAAAAUUA